AUGGCGGAAGUUCCUGCAGCCGAGGUGCCCCAGGCCGAGAAGGACGAGCUCUUCUGCGCUUAUGCAGCGAUGAUCCUGAAGGACAGCGAGCUCGACAUCACAGAGGAUAACAUCAACACCCUCAUCAAGGCUUCUGGUGGCUCCAUUGACUCCUUCUUCCCGGCCCUGUUUGCCAAGCUGUGCCAGGGCAAGGAUCUGGAUAGCAUGCUGAAGUUUGGCGGUGGCGGUGGCGGCGGCCCCGCUGUGGGCGGUGGUGCUGCGGCAGAUGCGGGCGCAGGUGGUGGCGAGGCCAAGAAAGAGGAGAAAAAGGUCGAGGAGGAAGAGGAGGAGGAAGAGAUGGACUUCGACCUCUUUGGCUGA